UAUAGCGGCCGGUGGGCGGCUCCGCGCCGCAGCGUCGACGGUUGCGGCGGGUAGGGUGCGGGUGGUGUUGUGCAGUGCCGGGGAACGUCGGCGGAGCAGAGCGCAGCCAGCCUCCUGCUGAGCCAUGGCGUGGCAGCCCAUGGAGAUCAACCCCGAGAUGCUGAACAAAGUGCUGUCCCGCCUCGGGGUGAGCCCCGGCUGGCGCUUCGUGGACGUGCUGGGCUUCGAGGAGGAAGCGCUGGGCGCCGUGCCCAGCCCGGCCUGCGCCCUGCUGCUGCUUUUCCCCCUCACCGAGCAGCAUGAGAACUUUAGGAAACAACAGACUGAGAAAAUAAAGGACCAAGAAAUCAGUUCCAAGGUGUAUUUCAUGAAGCAGACUGUCAGUAACUCCUGUGGGACCAUUGGUCUGAUACAUGCAGUUGCCAAUAACAAAGACAAAGUUAAAUUUGAUGAGGGGUCUUCCCUGAAGAAAUUUCUUGAUGAAACAGUUGACCUGUCUCCUGAAGAGAGAGCUAAGCGUUUUGCAAAUAAUAAGGCUAUACAAGAAGUCCAUAACUCCGUUGCACAAGAAGGGCAGUGUCGGGUUGAGGACAACAGUGUGAACUUCCACUUCAUCCUGUUUGCUAAUGUGGAUGGACAUCUGUAUGAAUUGGAUGGGCGUAUGCCAUUUCCUGUAAACCAUGGCACAAGCUCAGAUGACUUGCUAUUGAAGGAUUCUGCUAAGAUCUGCAGACAAUUUACAGAACGUGAAAAAGGAGAAGUUCGUUUUUCUGCUGUGGCUCUCUGCAAGUCUGCCUGAGGCUCUGAAGGAAAGCAGUUUAAUAGCACACCAGUAAAUGCAGUCUAAACUCCAGUGCUUCAGUACUUGUUAAACACAGCUGUUCUGGUAACUUAAAUUGUUUCCACCCUUUGCUAUACACAGAAGCAACAUCACUUGAGCUUAUGAUAAAGGAUGAGCUCAAGUUUUAAUGUGAACAGUUCGGACACAUGAUGUCUUUAGACUCUGUUUUUUCACAUGUUAAAUAGAAAGUGCUUAACAGGGCUUGUUUAAUGUGUCUAUUAAUGGAGCUGUUGGUUGAUAUUUCCUUGUCCUUAAUGAGAAUAAAACUUUCUGCUGGAAGACUAAA